GGCAGUUUGUGAUAAUCUUGGAGAGUGGCGGAUUUUGAUUGACGGACUGGCAGAUAUUCAACCCCAGUCCCUUGCACAAGUGUCACAUCCAAUCUGUUCAGUUCAUCUUGUCCCGAAAUGGCCAUGGGCCCAUGUCAUAUAACUCAUGUUAUUCUUAUUAUGAUGACGAUGAUCGUGAUGGGGAUUACUCAUAACUUCAGCAUAAUUCCUCCUUUGAGUGAUCACUGCCCGAUCCAUACCCUUGAGGCAAAACUGGGAUGGUCAGACGGAUGUCAAUGGUGGAGUAGAAACGGUUUCGAGCAUUUGCCAGAGAAUGUGUUGCGAAUCGUCAAGCGAGGUGGUCAAAUCUGUCGCAUUCGCUGUGUAGCUAUUCUAUUAUCUAAGGUAUUUCCUUCUUCUACGAGGUGUUGCCUUUCAUACUACAGAUCCAUUCUACCAUCUCCCCUCAACAACCGCUCUCUUCCUUUUAAGCGGUUCAGUUCUCCUCCAGACCCCUUCAUCGUCUUCCCCUCCCGCAAACUCGGGUACAUGCCACUUUCGCAGAUUCUGUAGUCAAAAAGAGAGCCAGGAAAAAAAGUUGGUUGCUGUGGCCCAUCACUUUUUCUCCUACAUCCAACAACCCUUUUCUCUCCUAUCCUUGAAUCUCAGUUUUCAAGCGCUCAUCUACUCCUUUUUGUCCUUCGUAGGCUGCCUUCUGUCGGUCUCAUCAUUAUUCCUGGCUGCUUAGCCUCUGUUUCUUGCAAGCUGCCACACCUUAAGCUGCCACACCCUAUUCUGACGUCGACCUUACG